AAUAAGCGGAUUUGUGCUGGUUUUACGGAGAUAUACAGCCAGCUGCAACCCCCUUUUUUCCCAAACAUCUUGUAUCAGUCCCUCUCUGUAGCUACGCUGUCCUCACACCUCACACCCCAGCUGGCUGUCACUUGGAUUUCUGACUAGAAUAUGGCAUCCAUUGAGGACCGGAUGGAUGGGUUUGAGCGGAUGGAGAAGAUUGGAGAGGGAACUUACGGAGUGGUGUACAAGGCUCGGCUAAAAGAUGGUGGUCACACUGUAGCACUGAAAAAAAUCAGAUUGGACACGGAAUGUGAAGGAAUCCCUUCCACUGCCCUCAGAGAAAUCUCCCUCCUACUGGAACUAAACCACCCCAACAUUGUCAGUCUGCUGGAAGUAUUGCACUGUGACAGGAAACUCUUCUUGGUCUUUGAGUAUCUCGAUUACGAUUUAAAAAAGUACAUGGACACUAAUCUUCCCAACGGUGGAAUGCCACUUGAAUAUGCCAAGAGCUAUACAUAUCAGAUACUGGAGGGUGUCCAGUUCUGUCACAGUCACAGGGUGCUUCACCGAGAUCUCAAACCUCAGAACCUCUUGGUAAAUGCACAUGGAGUUAUUAAACUUGCUGACUUUGGACUUGCACGAGCCUUUGGUGUGCCUGUCAGAACCUACACACAUGAGGUGGUCACUCUAUGGUACAGAUCGCCAGAGUUGCUGCUAGGGUCCCAGUACUACUCCACACCUGUGGAUAUCUGGAGUAUUGGCUGCAUCUUUUCUGAGAUGCUAACCAGAAGACCUUUGUUUCCUGGAGACUCUGAGAUAGACCAGUUGUUUAGAAUAUUCCGAACAUUGGGCACUCCUGACGAGAGCAUAUGGCCUGGAGUUACCUCCCUCCCCGACUACAAGAGUACAUUUCCAAAAUGGCCACGACGAAAGCUGGAGAGUGUAACCAAGGUUGUGCAGAAUGAUGGCGUGGAUCUACUCACCAAAAUGCUGAUAUAUGAGCCUUCAAAACGGAUCUCAGCACUGAACAGCCUCAGGCAUCCAUACUUCAGUAAUGUUAAGCUCCCCUAUCUACAAGACAUUGUCUAAGUUGUAUAAUAGCAAGCAAAUCUCCUCACCAUCACCAGAUCAUCGUUAAUAGAGAAAUUUUAUGAUCCCGUUCUAAGAACUAUUAUUAUUUUAUAAUAAUAUUAUAAAUCUG